UAAGUUAUUCGAGCAGCAAGUGAAGGCAUCACAAGACAAGCGGCACAAUCACCACAGGCGGCGACUUCAACCUCUUAUUUUCUUCCAAACUUCAACAAGUAUCGAGCGUUCUCUUCUACACAACCUCACCUCAACGCGGUCGUUUAUGUUCUUUUUUCCACACCAAUACCUUCAGCAUGACAAGUUAACCGGAGGUCGUGUUGCUUUUUUAGUCGCAACAGUUGUGGUAGUUCCAAAAAAAGUCAAGUUAGCUCGAUGCUAGCUUGAAUUGAAACUACUGCUUUGUCUGUCAGUAUUUCUUACACAUACUUGACGAGGUGAAUAUUACAACUAAACACGAUAAGGAAAUUACAAGCUUUUCUCGCUGGAACUGGACUGAGAAGCAACGCUACGAAUUUGAACAUUGGACACCCACUUAUUUAUAUCUUAUUUAUAUCAAGGUGCUGAAUGGCCUCUGUUGUCGCAGUGAAAACCGAGAAACGACCUGCCGCUGAUUCACAGGAUGCAGACUCCAACGCCAAGAAGCCCAGGAAGCUGCUGCCCAGCCUGAAGACAAAGCGUGCCCCCGAGCUGGUCUUGGUGAUUGGCACCGGGAUCAGCUCCGCAGUGGCCCCCCAGGUCCCCGCUCUCCGAUCCUGGAAAGGUCUUAUCCAGGCCUUGUUGGAUGCCGCCAAUGACUUUGACUUGCUCGAAGAGGAGGAGAGUCGGCGCUUUCAAAAGCACAUGGAGGAGGAUAAAAAUCUGGUGCAUGUGGCUCAUGAUCUCAUUCAAAAACUAUCACCGAGAACCGGCAACGUGCGCUCCACAUUCUUCAAGGACUGUCUCUACGAGGUGUUUGACGAUUUGGAGUGCAAGAUGGAGCAUGCCGGCAAGCACCUCCUGCGCUCGGUGCUCCAGUUAAUGGAGAGUGGCUCGCUGGUCCUCACCACCAACUUUGACAACUUGCUAGAGAUCUACGCUGCGCACCAAGGCACCACACUAGAGUCUUUGGACCUGACGGACGAGAAGAAGGUGUUGGAGUGGGCUCAGGAGAAGCGAAGGUUAAGCGUUCUACACAUCCAUGGUGUUUACACCAACCCGUGCGGUAUUGUACUGCACCCUGCUGGCUACCAGAAUGUACUCAGGAACACUGAGGUUAUGCGGGAGAUCCAGAAGCUAUAUGAGACCAAAUCAUUUGUUUUCCUGGGCUGCGGACGCACGGUGGACGACACCACCUUCCAGGCUCUGUUCCUGGAGGCGGUCAAGCACAAGUCGGACCUGGAGCACUUCAUGCUGGUGCGGCGCGAGGACGUGGGCGAGUUCAAGAAGCUGCGCGACAACAUGCUGGACAAGGGCAUCAAGGUCAUUUCCUACGGGGACGAGUACGCUGACCUGCCAGAGUACCUGGAGCGACUGGCCAAUGAGAUCUGCUUUCGGGACGUUUCGACCAACGGGUGGGGUUGUCCCUCACAAAACGGUGGUGAGCAGCAGAACGGCUUUACCAGUCAGAAAAACCUCCUUCAAGACCUUUUUUGACAGGUGCACACAGGAUCAGUAUCAGACAUUUCCCUCCAACAAGGGAUCAAUCCACUGCAAGUAUAGUUGCUGAUUUCAUGGAAACAUGUCUGCCAUUUUUUUUCCUUUCCUUGGUUAUUUAAAAGGGAAAAGUGUAAGGACUGACUGGUGAUGAUCAGGUGAGUCAUCACAUUGGAUUGUAUAUGAAGACAGGCAUGUGGAUGGGAAGUGAAUUUGCCUGCAACACCUGUUCUCCAUGUGUACACAUGAAUAGGGACUCUCGCAUUACAUAAGGCCGCCGUCUUGCCUCGCUCGAUGACACAUGUGCACUGCGCAACUUCAGAUUUGCAUCAGGAAACAAAUUAACACGUUACACAUCCUAUCGCAGGGCAGUUUCCUGCAAGUAGCAAUCUCUUUGCCACUCCUGUACUGAGAAGUAUUGGUUUUCAUAUUUUGACCCUUGAAUAGAAAUUUCUUCCAAGGUCGGCAGGUCUGAAAUACUUGCAUGUGGUUGUGACAUAGUAUUUAUAAGUGCUAUUUUCCAAAAUAAAGCUUU